GUUCAAAACGACAAUUAAUUAUUGAUAUCCUCGGUGGGAACUCUUGAGCACGGCUUGCAUCACCACUUCACAUCUCGGGAGGCGCAAUCAUCAUCCCACGAUCACAAGCGUGGAAUCCGAACUCCAAAUCCAUUCCAGAGUGACCCAACUCCGUCUUCAUCCCUUCCGGCUCCCAUUUCCAAUCCAACUCACGCUAUCUCACAGCCACCGCGCAGCCGUGGGUUGAACUCGAAAAAGGCCUCCGAAAUAGGUUUUGGUAAUGAGAUGCGAGUCUUUCGAUAUGCGAAGAUAGGAGAGAACGAGAAAAGCGUGAGGAGUGAGCGCUGGUAGGAGUAUGGUGGAGGAGCGGAGGAUUGGAGUUGUGGCUGCGGGAAAGAGCUAGGGCAGAAAAGUUGGGUGGUGUCAGCGAUGGCGGGGAGGGAGGGAGAGAGUAAGAAGAGUAGGAAGGCGAGUGCGCAGAGCUGGGACAGUUGCGAGAGUAGCGAUGUGUCGGAGUCGGAGGACGAGAGGAGCGAGGAGUAUUGCGAAGGGGGCUACCACCCUAUCCGCAUUGGCGAUUGCUUCGACCAUGGCCGUUACGUUGUGCACCGCAAGCUCGGAUGGGGCCAUUUCUCCACCGUCUGGCUCGCCUGGGAUUCCGACUCGAAGCAGUAUGUCGCUCUGAAGGUGCAGAAGAGCGCGCAACAUUACACGGAAGCGGCCAUGGACGAGAUCACAAUUUUGAAGCAGGUUGCGGAGGGCGACUGGAACGGUCGAGGGGGCGUCGUAAAGCUAUUGGAUCACUUCAAGCAUGGGGGACCAAAUGGAACCCACGUGUGCAUGGUUUUUGAGUAUUUGGGGGACAAUCUGUUGACGCUCAUCAAAGCUUAUAAUUACAGGGGUAUUCCGCUACCGAUGGUGAAGAAACUUGCGAAGGGGAUUCUGAUUGGGCUCGACUACUUGCACCGCAAGCUCUCGAUCAUUCACACUGAUUUGAAGCCAGAAAACAUCCUGCUUCUCGCUCCUUUGGAUCCCACCCAGGACCCUCGGAACUCCGAUUACGUGCCCGUGGAUUUACCCGCUUCGCCACUGCCAUCUUCCAGCUUGGGGAGCUCCCCGAACCUCUCCAAGAAUCAGAAGAAAAAAGUGAAACGAAAGGCAAAAAAAGCAAGUGGUAGUAGCAAUGAUAGGGAUAGACAAAACGUUGAUACAUCUCCAUGUCUGCGUGUGUCCGAGGUGAGCUACGAAGAACCCAGAAAUGAUGGGAUUGUAGAAGAAACAGACAAACUGCUAAAAGAUGAGAACGGCGAAGGCGUUUGUGAGGAGCAAUCCACUGUGAGUGAGGUACCCAAGAGUGAGCACAGGUCGGCUCUUCCAGUAGAUUUGGAGAAUCUCGAUUUGCGAUGCAAGCUAGUUGAUCUUGGAAAUGCGUGCUGGACCUACAAGCAAUUCACCGCAGAUAUUCAGACUCGCCAGUACCGCUGUCCCGAGGUCCUUUUGGGGUCAAGAUACUCAACUCCAGCAGAUAUGUGGUCGUUCGCGUGCAUAAUUUUCGAGCUCGCCACAGGUGAUGUACUCUUCGAUCCACAGAGUGGAGAGGACUGCGACAGAGAUGAGGAUCAUUUGGCGCUGAUGAUGGAAUUGCUGGGCCGCAUGCCUCGCAAGGUCGCUUUAUCAGGAAAAUACUCCAAAGACUUCUUUAAUCGACACGGAGAUUUACGCCACGUUCGGAAAUUACGGUACUGGCCUCUGGAUAAAGUGUUGAUGGAGAAGUACGAAUUUGAUGAGGAAGACGCAGUGCAGUUUGCUAAAUUUUUAGUGCCGCUACUGGAUUUUGUACCGGAGAAGCGGCCCACGGCAGCGCAGUGCCUGAAGCAACCCUGGCUUGCGUCAGUUACCCCUUCGGCUGAGGAGGAGAUGAGGAAAGCUGGCGACACUGUGCAGGCAGGGCUUCGCAAUCUUGCAAUAACUUGUGGUGGGAUCGCAGAGACCACCUCUGAUGCCACUAAAUUGAAGACCACCUCUGAUACCACUAAAUUGAAGAAGGUUGUGCGUAGCGAAGGCAGUGGGAAAUGAGGGUUGCCAUUUCACGUAUGAACCAGUUUACUGGUUUAGGGUUUCAUUCUGAAAGGUAUCUUCAAGUCGUUGCGCGUGAGUGCCAUAUUGAAGCAUAGCUCUUUAAAACAAAGCAUUUUGUAUUGUGAUCGUUGUGGUUGAUUUUUCACUGCUGCAAGGAAUAGCUAUGCUGCGGGGACCUUUGAUUAAGCGCCUACAAGCGCGAGUUGUGCGUUGCCUAUUGGCUGUGUAGUCGGAAAACGUUCCGAACGAGCAAACUGUGCUCAUAUAUUAGAUGUACGUUAGGCUAACCUCAGUUUCCCAGCAAGAUUUGGUUCUAAGAUCUUGUUCUGGAUCCCUCUGCAGAGCUCUGCAAGGAUUGUUGACAAAGUUCCGUUAACAAUUUUAAAGGAUGAAUCUAAAAUGAUUUUGCUUGCCUAGAAGGCAGAUGACUCA